GUAUUUUAAUAAAAAAAGGACAAUGCAUCAGAAAACUAUUAUAACUAGUAGUAAUAAAUUCUUAGUUUACUUGUCAUUGUAAUUGUAAUUAGUUGUUGUCCAUUCAUGUCUGCUCCGUGGGCGCCUCUCGUCGUCCUGGCGUUGCUCGCCUUGGCGGGCGAUGGAGCCGUCGGCGCGAAGGUGCACCACAAACACGGCAGGUUCACGGCGGGCCCGUGGAAGCCGGCGCACGCCACCUUCUAUGGCGGACGCGAUGGGUCCGACACCCGCGCCGGCGCGUGCGGCUACAAGGACACGGUGGCGGAGGGGUACGGCCUGCAGACGGCGGCCGUGAGCACCGCGAUGUUCAACGACGGUGAGACUUGCGGGGCGUGCUAUGAGGUGCGGUGCACAGACAGCCCGGAGUGGUGCAAGGCCGGCACGGCGCCUUUGACGGUGACGGCGACGAACCUGUGUCCGCCCAACUACCAGCUGCCCGGCGACGACGGCGGGUGGUGCAACCCGCCGCGCGAGCACCUGGACCUCACCAUGCCGGCCUUCCUGCAGAUCGCGGAGGAGAAGGCCGGCAUUGUGCCCAUCUCGUACCGUCGUGUGCCUUGCGCGAAGCUGGGCGGGAUCCGGUACACGAUCACGGGGAACAAAUACUUCAACAUGGUGGCGGUGACGAACGUGGGCGGAGCGGGGGACGUGGCGGCGCUCAAGGUGAAGGGGAACAAGCGCGUCAAGUGGACGUUGUUGCAGCGCAACUGGGGCCAGGUGUGGCAGACCUCCGAGGACCUCACCGGCGAGUCGCUCACGUUCCGCGUCAUGACCGGCGACCAUCGCAAGCACACGUCCUGGCACGUCCUCCCGCGGGACUGGCAGUUUGGUGUCACCUACCAGGCACCCAAGAACUUCUAACCACCCUGUAAGAUCGUGCUAGCCAGCCAGGUGUGAAUUCGUCGAAUCUCCUGUUUUGUGUCCCUCGGAGCAUGUAUGUCCAACUCCAACAGGACGUACAUGUGUCAAGAAACAAGAUUCCCUCUGACAAUUGACAAGGAACAAAGAAUGAAUGAAUGAAACAAGACUUGUGUCUGA